AUGAGCUGUUCCAACCCCACGCCGCUGCAGUCGCGGCUGGCCGCGUCGCUGUCGGCGCUCGUCCUCCUCGUCCUCGUCUUCCUCUCGCUCGGCCCGUCGCAUCUAGCUUACGCGGCCGAGGUGCCCUCGUCGUUGGAGGAUGCAGACCACAAUCACAUGAGAUUAGCAGAGAACAUCGGGUUCAUGGGCGUCGAGCUGGACGCUAGGGCAGCGAGGGAGAAGGCGGAACAAGUGGGCGAGGGGGAGGAGGCAGAGGCGCAGUACGAACCGGCGUUCGUGGGCGUCAGCAGGGAUAUCAUCGGCAGGCAGGACUCGGAGGCCGUGACGCUGACGAAUAACGAGGUCGCCACCAAAUCGCUCACGGCUGGGAACACGCUGUAUUUCAAGUUUGAGAACUCGUCGGUUUGGGGCAAUUUUUCGGAAUCCACGCCGGGGUUGCCAGAGAUCAAUGGGAAGAAGUUGCUGUCGAGGGAGAAUAUGGAGAGGGAGCUGAAGAAGAGGGAAUUGGAGGAAGUAGAGGAGGUGGAAGAGGAGGGUGAGGAUGGGAAGGUUGUGCUGAGGAAGCGGCAGAGCGCGAAGACGAGGGAGGUUUACGUGUCGAUGAAUACGUGCAAUCAGCCGGACAUCAAUGGAACGACGACGGAAGAAGCCCCUCCACAGUUGACGCUGUAUGUUUCAACGUCCGACAGGAACACAUCUCCCGGGCCGGACGCGGAUAGCAACCUGCAAAGUACGCAUACUCUGACUAGCGGUUUCGCCAGCGCAACGGUCAACGCGACCUCGAACGUGUACAUUGGCGUAUCUGCUCCUUCGCCUCUACCCAGCGGCUUCACCGGCGAUUGGCAGUUUCAGGUCGCGGCUUCAAUCGACCAGUCCUUCCACCAGUUCAACUACCACGAUCCUACCAACAGUUUCGUCUAUCUCGUCGACACGGACACUCAAUCUGCGCUCUUUGUUACGGACAAUCUCACGACAGCCGACCCGGGCGAAGAAGACUAUGAGCGUUGGAUGAAGGCAGGAAAUCCUUUCCAGUUGUUCGCUUACAGCUACAAUAUGUCCUCUAUCAAGGGCAUGGAAAGGUCGUACUGCGGGUUGUUGAACGCUUGGAACGACGAACCGACAAGCCAAAUUAGUGGCAUGACCACCAGAGGCUUGGGAAGCAAGCCGAAGGAGCAAUUUUACGUCCAGGGCCUGAAUGGGAGCACUCGAUAUCAUGCAUUCCCAGUCAUGUACGGAAACUCAACGGCUGCUGGGUCUGGUGUAGUCGGCGGUGGUGGGCAGGUCUGGUCGCCAGUGAACUUCACGACUAAAGCCGACGGCAAUUGCCAGGUCAUCUUCAACCUGACGUUCUGCAGCGAGGUGGCAUACGCAGUGCCGUCGAACCAGAACAAGUACAACGUGACGAACCUCACGACGCUGUACGACGACUACGCCAAGAGCCACUACCAGAACUUCAACUACUCGCUGCAGCAGAUCCCGUGCAACACGACCAACACGGCGCAGUACUCGCUGGCCAAGACGUGCGACGACUGCGCGCACGACUACAAGAACUGGCUGUGCGCCGUGACGAUCCCGCGCUGCGAGGACUUCAGCGCCCAGGACGACUGGCUGCAGCCGCGCAACAUCGCCCAGUCCUUCGUCAACGGCACCCGCCUCGCCGACACCGACUACGGCCGCGACCCCCUCAGCAACGCCACCCUCAUGGACCGCACCUACGCCAACAGCAGCCGCAACGCCAUGAUCGACGAGCUCGUCCAGCCGGGGCCUUACAAGGAGGUCCUGCCUUGCGAGGACCUGUGCUACAGCCUGAUUCAGAGUUGUCCUGCCAGCUUCGGCUUCGCGUGUCCGGUCAUGGGGAAGGGGCUGGAAAGGAGCUAUGGCAAUCGCCUGGGCAAUGGGGACGGGACCGUUACGUGUAGUUAUUUGGGGGCCGUUUAUUACGUCAACGAUGGUGGUGCGAGUUUGCGGAGGGGGCUGGGGGUGGUGGUGAGGAGGAGUGCGGUUGUUGCGGCGACGGUGGGGCUCGUGCUCGGGUGGGGCUUGUAG